AUGAAACUUUGGACAUCACCCUGGGUGUCUUUCCUGGUGAUUCUCAUCUUGUGUUUUGGAUCAGAGUGCGGGACAGUCCGGAGAAAGGGGAGAUCCAAGAGGGAGUUGGUGCGCAUUAGGGAGGCGAAAGCCACCAUCCCAGGGGCUUGUGCCACACGUCUGCCCCGGGGCAAACGCUCUUUGCCCGGCUUGGAGCGACGGGUGCUCCGCCAGCGCCGGCGCUCCUCUCAGACGGAGGAAAACUCUCCAGACCGGGGGAAAGCUGUUUAUUUCACCGGCAUGGGAGAUCAGCUGCGGCUAAAGCCUGGCGUGGAGAUUCCCAGAGGCAAUUUCACUCUGGAGAUGUGGAUCAAACCGGAGGGAGGUCAGCGAUCGCCUACAGUGAUUGCAGGCCUGUAUGACAAAUGCUUCUAUGCCUCCAAUGACCGAGGCUGGCUGCUCGGGAUCCAGGCGGUUAGUGAAUAUGGGAACCGUGACCCUCGGUUCUUCUUCUCCCUUAAAACGGACCGUGCCCAUAAAGUGACCUCCAUUCACUCUAAUGCCCGCUACAUACCCAACCAAUGGGCACAUGUGGCAAUCACAUAUGAUGGCGUGUACAUGAAGCUCUUCAUCAAUGGGGCCCAAGUUGGUGUUAGUCGAGAGCAGUCAGGUGAUGUCUUCAGUCAUUUGACCAAAAAGUGCAAAGUGUUGAUGAUUGGGGGGAAUGCACUCAAUCACAAUUACAGGGGGGCAGUGGAAAGGGUGGGUCUAUGGAGGCAGGCCCGAGCACAGAGGGAUAUUAUCAGGGAUAUGCAGGGCCAUGAGGACCCCGAAGAUCUACCUCAGCUGGUAAUUCGUGAAACAUUCGAGCACCCUGGGCGCAAGUGGCUGACCGUUAAAGAUGGUAAUUUCCCCCAGCCUGAGAAUGAAGGCGGACGACUGGGGUUUCUGGGUGGCAUUGGAAAUGCCCAAGAAUUACUGGACACAACUCUAGAGCCUCCAUCUUGUGGCCAAACCGUAUGCGACAAUGUUGAAGUCAUUAAAAACUACAACCAGCGUUGGACCUUCCGUCGGCCGAAGAAAGUGCGGUAUCGUGUCAUAAACAUUUGGGACAAUGCAAGGACCAAGCCGACUGUAUCAGACCACCAGAUCAUUCUGCAGCACCAGCAGCUUAAUGAUGCCUUUAGCCCCUACAAUAUUACCUGGGAGCUCAGCGUUCAUAAUGUGACUAAUUCCUCCCUGCGCAAUCGCUUGAUUCUCGCUAACUGUGAUAUCAGCAAAGUGGGCGAUGAUGCGUGUGAUCCAGAGUGCAAUCAUCCAUUGACAGGCUUCGAUGCAGGUGACUGCAUGUCUAGCCAUUCGAACCGCUGCCCUAAGGAGAAGCAGGGGAAUGGUAUAUGUGACCCUGAAUGUAACUGGGAAAACUUCUUCUAUGAUAAUGGAGACUGCUGUAAUCCCAAUGUGACGGAUGUGACCAAGACUUGCUUCAAUCCCUCCUCACCACACAAAGCCUAUUUGGAUGUGAAAGAGCUGAAAGAGAUUCUACAACUGGACGGUUCGACUCACCUGAAUGUGUUCUUUGCCAAUUCUUCUGAUGAAGAUCUGGCAGGGGUUGCCACUUGGCCGUGGGACAAGGAGGCCCUUACACAUUUAGGUGGGAUUGUGUUGAAUCCUUCCUUCUAUGGAACUUUUGGUCACACUGACACAAUGGUCCAUGAGAUUGGGCAUAGCCUCGGCCUAUACCACGUGUUUCGAGGCAUAUCAGAAAUUGAAUCAUGCAAUGAUGCAUGUUUGGAAACUGAGCCCUCAAUGGAGACUGGAGACUUGUGUGCGGACACCAACCCCUCACCCAAAUACAAAGGCUGCAAUGACCCCAACCCAGGCAAUGAAACCUGUGGCUGUCGGCAGUUCACACAUACGCCAUUUAACAACUACAUGAGUUAUGCAGAUGAUGCUUGUACAGACUCAUUCACACUGAACCAGGUGGCAAGGAUGCACUGCUACCUGGAUCUGAUUUACCAGACAUGGCAACUGGACUCUAAACCUCCCCCGGUACCGAUGGCACCCCAAGUAGUUGAGCAGCAUCAUAAUUCCAUCACUGUGGAAUGGUUUCCACCAAUUUCUGGACACUUUUACAACAGAGAAGUGGGAUCAGUGUGUGAUAAAUGUACUGAGGGGCGAGUUCUUCUGCAGUAUGCCUUCAACUCUUCAUCUCCAAGGCCAUGCGCCCCUUCUGGACACUGGUCACCACGAGAGGCUGAAGGCCCUCCAGAUGUGGAGCAGGCAUGUGAACCAAGUGUGCGCACGUGGAGCCCCAAUGCAGGGAUUGAGCAAGGUGUUGUUGGCCUGUCGGAGUGCCCUGACCAGGGCUGCAUGCUUCAACUAGAGUUCCCCUACCCGCUGGUACCUGACUCCUUGACCGUGUGGGUCACAUUUUUCAGCCCUGAGGAAACAGCGCUGCCUGCUAUCCAUAACAUCUUGCUACUGACUGUCGGUGGGGGCAACAUUUCACUGGGCCCCAGUAAUGUUUUUUGUGACACCCCACUGACUAUGAAGCUGGAUGUAGAAGAAGAGGUGUAUGGGGUACAGUUUUACACUAUGGAGCAACACCUGGAGAUUGAUGCCACUCUCUUGGCCUCCAAGCCAGACUGCAUUCUUUGCAGGCAUUGUCAACCACUGCGCUACCGCCUGUUGCGGCAACCAGCCUUCACCCAUGCACCUCAUGGACUGAUGUUGAAUGAACCAAUCCGCCGAUAUACAGACAGGGAUGUGGUACCACAUGUUGUGUAUACCUACCAGAUUCAAACAAUCUCCAGCCGUAGUGAGAGUGAGCCCUCCCCACCACUGUUGCAUGAACUUGGGGCACCCUACUGUGGGGAUGGACGCAUCCAGAGCUCCAAAGGAGAAGAAUGUGAUGAUAUGAACUCCAUGAAUGGAGAUGGCUGCUCUAGUCGGUGCAAGAAAGAACCUUUCUUCAACUGUGUUGAGGAGCCAAGCAUGUGCUACUACUAUGAUGGUGACGGGGUGUGUGAGGACUUUGAGCGAGAAACAGGUGUGAGAGACUGUGGCCUCUACACACCCAGCGGUUUCUUGGACCAGUGGGCUUCCUCUGUUGAAGUUUCCCAUGAAAAAAAGCCCUACUGCUCUGGUGAAGUGGCUGCUGGGUAUCCUGCUGUUACUAAGACAUGUCAGUCCAAGAUCUUUGAUUUAUCUGAUGGAGUGUCCCAGUAUGCCUGGUUCCCCUGUCGUGAGGCUGAUCGGUCACAAUGGGGAUAUUCUACCUACUGGCUGAGGGCCCACUUUUCUCAUCCCAUGGUGGCAGCAGCGGUAAUCAUACACCUGGCUGCUGAUGGGACUGCCUUCCUUGAUGCAACACAGUGCAAUAUAACGGUUCAGCUGGUGGACACCAAGGAGGGUAUCCAUAGUCUUGGUGAGUGGCGUCUGAGCUGCCGCACUAACCCUUUGGUGAUCCCCGUGAGCCACGACCUGUCAGUGGCCUUUUACCACACCAAGGCUAUCCUGGUCAUGUUUUCCUCUCGCCUUGUGGCCAUCUCUGGUGUAGGCCUGCGAUCUUUCCAGUCUUUCGACCCCAUCACAAUAAGUGGUUGCCAGAGUAAUGAAAUCUACGAUCCCACUGGACAGAGUUGUGUACAUUAUUCGUGCGAAGCCAUUGACUGCCAGAAACCCCUAAUCCGCAAUGCAGAGCUAAAGUGCAGUAGCCCUGGCCGCCACUUCUACAACGGAGACCGCUGCACCAUCUCCUGCAACUCUGGAUAUGUCCUGCAAGUCAACCAGGAUGAUGACAUUGUCAAAAGCCAGUCUGAUUCUUCAGUGACGAUAACAUGUGCAAAUGGGAAGUGGAAUAAGAUGGUAUCAUGUGAGCCUGUGGACUGUGGUCUGCCAGACAAAUACCAUGUUCAUCCUGCUAAUUUCAGUUUCCCAGAAGGCACUACCUACGGCAAGAAGAGCACUUUUAAGUGCAAAGAACCUGCCCAGCUCUUGGGUACAAACAACACUCUAACCUGCCUAGAAGAUGGUCUGUGGUCCUUCCCUGAAGCUCUUUGUGAGCUCCGCUGCCCAGCCCCUCCUCCUGUUCCUAACGCAGUGCUGCAGACAAAGCGUUGCAAUGAGACAGGCCUAAAAGUUGGCACACUCUGCAAGUACAAGUGCAAGCCAGGCUACCAUGUUAGCAAAACUCCCAAGAGGCGUGCAUUUAAACGUCAGUGCACAGAGGAUGGCACCUGGCUGGAGAGGGCAUGCGAGCCGGUGACUUGUGAUCCUCCACCGCCCGUCUUCCACGGUUCCUAUCACUGCACUGAUGGCUUUCGCUUUGACAGUGUCUGCAGACUCAACUGCUCUGAUCCUGCUGGUAAUACAGCUAUCACCACCACAGGAGGCUCUGCCCAUACGGUGAGGCUGCUGCACGCUCCAUGCAAGCAGGGUACAGGGUCCAAUGUAAUCCGCUGUAGAAAGGAUGGAAACUGGACAGGGUCAUUCCGCCUAUGCCCACACAUCAAAGGCCAGUGUUCUUUACCUCAAAAUCUCCAUCAUAGCCUACAGUACACCUGCAAAAAUCAAGACCACAACAUAGGUAACGAGUGUGAGCUGACAUGCAGAGAAGGUAACGGUGAAGUGGUGAUUCUCCCUAGCAACAUGACAGUGGAAAAUGUACUCCAAGAGCACUGGAGGAUCCCAAAUAAAGUCAAGAAUAUAAUCUGUACAAUGGGACUGAAAUGGUAUCCACCCCCUGAACAGCUCCAUUGCAUCAAGGGAUGUGAGCCAUUCAAGGGAGACAACUACUGUGAUCCAGCCAACAACAGAGCCUUCUGUAACUAUGAUGGAGGAGACUGCUGCCAAUCCACUGUCAAGACUAAGAAGGUGAUUCCAUUCCCCAUGUCUUGUGACACACAGAAGGAGUGCUCCUGUCUGGAUCCCAAUGCGUUAGAGAACCGAAAGAAAGACCAUGUCCAUUCCCUGGGGUGAUCAAACCGAGCUUGGACCUCUGUUUGGCAUCCCAGGACCCUAUCUCCAACACAACACAGCCAGAGUGGCCGAGGCAGACCCCCUCAUUCAUCUUCUUCUCGGCCUCCAAUUUCCUGCACAUGCUGCUUAAAUGGCAUACCUCUCCAUCUAUACUGCAACCCCAACCAGCUGAAAUGCUUCCACCAUCACAUCACAGGAAGAUCUAGAGGAUGGGACUCAUGAGACUCCACAGAAAAAUGUCUUUUCAGCUGCAAGGAAAGUAACCCCUGCAAUAUCAUCCUUAAUAUAAAUAUAUAUAGCAAAGGAGAAAAAAAAAAAAAAAAAAAAAAAAAAAAGAAACAGACAUUUUUUGGAAGAAUAUGAAACAAAACAAACAAACAAACAAAAAAAGAACAAAAAUGUAACCAAGCCUAGGUAGCAUGCCUUUUGUUGAGUUUUGUGCUGGUGUUUGUUUUAGUUACCUCACUCUUCAUUCACAUGACUGAACCAAAGGUAAAUCCAAACAUGCAAGAUGAGGAUAGUGUGGAUGUUGGCUCUGUGUUAUGAGGCUUCAAAGGAAAUGAUUAUAUAUGUUAAACGUGAUCCUCAGACACGUUGAAGGCAUGUUGAGCACCUUUUUGGGUGGGGCUAAAAAGUUUAUGCUUCUAUCACUCAUUGUUUCAAACAUAGCCAGAUAUUCUGUCAUUGUAUUCUGUUUAGCAACAUGUUUCUUCAUGGAAAUAUCUUAAGCAGUGGGGGCUAUAUUUAGUUCAGAUGGAAAUGAGACAGCCAUAUUGUUUUCACAGAUCCAAAGAUCCAACACACACACAAAAAUAAAUAAAUAAAAACUUAAAUGCACAGAAUACACAAGAAAUGUCACAGAAAAAAAUACCCUAAGCUACUUUUGUAUGUAGAACAAAAACCUGAAUGCAUUUAUAUCAUUUUAGUGUUGCUUUUGUUUUUUUCCCCAUCUUUUCAUCAUGACAUAUUAUAGGGUUGGACAGCUUUGUCUUCCUUGCUGCUCACUGUUCCUUUUUAUAGCAUUCACUUCUUUUCAUCUUGCAUUUAUACAGAAUACAUGUUAACAACACCACAGAUGAAAUGGAUUAGGUAUUUAAUAAAAGUCUGAUCCUAACUCCAUUUACCAUCCUCCUUCUCAACCAUUUACCCCCAAAUAUUACUAUAUAUAUUGAUCACGACUUAAAGAAUGUCAUUCAUAACACCUCAGGCUUUGGGAUAAGUUUAGUUUCAGUUUGAACUUCUCCCUAAUGGCGCUUGAUAAGAACUUCAUUACCUCAAGCUCUGAUUUAAAAGGUUUAAAUUGAAAGUAAAAACAUCCCAGUCCCAUUCAGAAUGUAGUCAGUGCUUGUCAGGAGUCUGUGGCUUUCUUGAUCACACAGUACUGCACCACACAGUUACACAAGGGAUUAAAAAAUGAAGGCCUGGAAAUUGUCUAAAAGCUUAGAAUAAGAAUAAACAAAGGUGAAAAGAUACCAUAUCAUUGCUUUCCCAGCACACCACCCUUCCACACAGAGCUUUUAUUCUCUCCCCUCGCAGUACUAUUGGACUCUGCUGUCUCUCCACAGGCAACAAUGUUGUACAUGAAAAUGACACUUGGAUGUAUGUGUCAACACAAUUUGAUCAAAGCUCCCUAAGACCUUCUGCCCAGCCUAGCUUAAGUCCUUGAUGUAACUGUUCUCUUCUGUUAAAAAAAAGUGCACUUCUACACAGCACUUUUCUGUUUUGUCAACUUUGGUGUUCAGUCCCCCAAAAUUUGUUUUGUUAGACUAAAUGGCUGCUACAAUAUCCCUUUAUAUGGGUACCCUUUAUUCAAGAUACACACUUGUUUUUCCCAUUGAAGGCUGCUUGGAAUAAGUGUCCAACGUUUGCUGCUCCAGUUUCACAGCAACCACAGUCAUGGAAACAGUCUGCGUGAUAUUUCAUUUAAUUUCGGCCAAUGGCACAGUCGCUCUGACUCACAGAAGGCUGCUAUAGCAUUCCAGAUCAUUCUCAAAAACACAUGAUCUUACUAUAAGUUGUACAGGUAUCAGAGUAAGACAAAUAUCAUUUUAUCAUCAAUGUUAGAGAACAGCUAAAAACUUACUAGAACAUACAAAGAAAGUGAGAAGGUAUUAUUGACCAUCAAAUAUAAAGAAAAACAUAUAUUUAAAAAAGUUGUUAUUAUAUUCAUGAUGGACAGGAGUGUUAGAAAUUGUUUUGGGAUUUUUUUUGUUUAUCAUGGUUUUCAUUUUUUUUAAAAAUGUAAUAUUUAAUCAGUAUUUGUAUUAUUGACCUCAGUUACUGCACUUUCUAGUAGACAUGUAAGAAGAAAAAGUAUAUUGUUCAAAAUGUUUAGAAGCUGCUAUUGUCAAAAUGAUGAUCUGAGAAACUGUGUGAUAAUCAGUUAUUUGACUCAUUGAGUUGAUAUUAGCUGUCCUGUUAUUUGCGUUUCACUUGGAUAUGGCUAAAACACUCAGAGAGCUCACAGUUGCAGUUCAUGUUGGAAAUAUCUUAACUAUAAAACACCCAAUUACACAUCAUACCCAAAUCCAGGUUCCAAAUCCAGAACAACUGGGUCCAUGUCAAUGCUUUUUCACAAAUAUAUAGUCAUAGAUUUAAGGUCUGGCUAAAAUUUAUUUUUCUUUUGUGCUUCCUUUUGUGUUGUUUGUGUAAGAGCUUAGGAGUUGAAUGUUUUGGUAGAGAAAUGGAGAGAUGGUGAAGACAGAAAAAUGAAGAAACCCCAUUCAAAGGGACUCUUGAGAGACUUUGCAACUUUAUGCGAUAUAAAACUUUGUAAGGACAUUCUAAAGGCUUCAUCAUCUUCAAAGAUUUCAUUUAAUACUUUAUAUGAAAACUAUAUAGCCCUGCUAAAGAAAAAAAAAAAAGAAAAAAAAGACCUAUAUUAUGUUGCUGUUAUCAAAUUAUAUGUAAUAUUAGUACUUUCAAAUAGUGCUGCUUCAUACAGAUUUAAUGCCAGUGGGGAGAGACUGAUCUGCAGUCACUACAUUGUGCUGAUAAUAUGCAGUACUGUGGUUCAUCUGCCACAAAAGUCACUGGAAAUACAUUCCAGCUGUUCAAAUGGAUGAAUCUGAACCGUUUAUUGGAUCCUUCCCUUCAUUCAAAUUAUUUAGUUUAAUGUAAUCUGUUGUCUUUGUCAUAGUUAGGCUUACUUAGACAUAUCCUCCUCAGCAAUCACUUGUGUCAUCAGUCAAUGUCUGGAUACCAAAACUGAUUUUUUUUUUAAGGCUACAGAAUGUGACUACAUGUCAACUUGAAAAAUUCUGUUCCUAAUAUUGAAGAAGGUACCCAUAAGCCAUAGCUAACCAUGGGAGAAAGUAUACAAUUGCGCAUUGGAUGAGGACAUAACCUCUCUACUGUAGUCAUCACAGGAUCCCUUGCUGUACCUCAUGCCUGUAAUGUUUGCUGCUUCUAUAUUUUUGGUAAUUUAGUGACAUUUUGAGUCUCAUAACAAUGAUGUAAAUAGUAGAACUAUUUAUUGAGAAUGUUAUACUUUUUAAGUUAUAUUUAAUGUCAUGUAAAUUAUUUUUUACAUUGUUCUUAUAAAUCAACACAUUAGAAGUUGUGAUUCAAAACUGUCAUUUUGUCUGUGCCAUCACAGUCCAUUGUGAUCAUUGCUGUUAAGCACUGAUCAGACAUGAACAGUUGUAUUUCGGCCCACAACCACAAAAGAACUUCUCUCUCUUGCGUGCUAUGUGAAGAUGAGUCUUGAUUUCAUACAAUAUUUUUACAUUACUGAGUGAAUUGUAUGUUGUUUUUCUUUAAAACCAGAAUGUAUACUUUAGAUUUGUCAUUUUUUUCUCAAAAGAAAUGCACAUAUUAGCCAUACAAGGAGUUCUUAAAAAAGAACUAGGUAUAUAAUAGUCAAAUACAUAAAUCUAUACUAUAGUGGAGCAUAUUUUGAGAGCAAGUGGAAAGCUUUGGAAUAACAGUUUGGGCUGCUUUCUAGCCAGCUGAAGCAGGAGAAAAUGUGAAAGUGGCAAAGAAAGAAAAAAAAAAUCAAAAAACAAGGGGAAAAAAAAGACUGGAGGUCAGACGGCAGCUGAUGGUGAGUGUUCAUGGAUGGGGCAAAAGUAGAAGGUGGGCAGUGAGAGAGGUAGGGAUGGGUGGGCUGCUUUUCCUGGCCUGUCUGGCUGUUUGUCCAGGUGUGAAAGUGUAUACUCACAGAGGCUGCCCCUGGGCCAGGAGCGGCCAGCCUGGCUGGCAACACGCUGAGGCCAAUGAGUCAGAGUUUCUCCCAGAAGUGGCAACCAUCCCUCUCUGGGACUCCCACCACCCCUUCUUCCACCUCACUACCUCCACCUCCUCUCUCUUCGACACACUGCCUCAUCUGUCACUGUCAGCUAUGGUUGCACGGGGUGGCCAGGGUCAAGCUGGCCCUGUGAAAAUGAGAGAGGAUGUUUGCCCAGCUUACAGAGCCUUUUGAAGUUAGGCUGAAGGAACACAGUUCUCCUCACCUACAGUCCAUGCUUAUCACAUCAUAUGAUGUUAUAGCAGCCCGUUUGACAGGCUUUGAUACCUGUCCAUCCCAGCCACCAACAGCCAUCCCUUUGUUUCUAAUUUUACAUCAGAUUUUUUUAUUUCUUGUCUGAAAGUGGCAGAAAGUUUGUGUAUAACUUAUAAAGCAGUGAGGAUUGAAAGAGUGUCUGAAGCGCUAAUGUUUACGCUCAGAUCUUUGUGGAGGAAAAACAAUGAUGUGCCAUCAUGUUGUAAGACAUUUUCUUUGUGUGUUGUAACACAUGAAGUACCUCUCACAGGCCUCUGGUUAUAGAAUGGUCCUAUUAUGUCUAUUUCUUUAUCUUUGAAUAAAUAAAAUAAGUGAAUUGUUCUUUUUUUUUUUUUCUAAAUGAGAAGUACAAAAGUGUAUUUGCAUAUUAUGUGGAUAUUUAGUGGUAUUACUGCAAUGUUUCGUACCCAACUGCUCAACAAAUAUAUUUUAAGGUGUAAAUAUUAAUACUAUAUGAUGAUUGUAUUUGCAAACCAUGUACUAACUGUAUGAAAGUAGCUUUUUGAUUUUUAUCAUAACUAUUAUACAAAGAAAUGAACCGUGAAAUGUUGUGCAUUGUGUCAAAGUAUCACCUGCAAGACAGAAAAAAAAAAAAAAAAAAAAAAAAAAUCUGUGAUGCUUUACAACACCACUUGCUGUCAGCAUUUUUUU